GAAAGGUAAGAAGAGUGAAGUGUGAAGUGUAAAGUGUGAAGUGAAGGGACUAGUGAGGGUUUGAGUUUAGGGUUUUGGUGAUGAUGGCGUUCUUCAGUGGAGCUCAACGAUUUCUCCGCCAGUCUUCUUUUGUUGUGGCCUCCCACUUCACCUCUACUCGUUUCACUUCGACUCUUACUUCCCCAAAACUCUUCAUCAGCGGUCUUUCAAGACUGACAACAGAUGAAAAACUUACUGAAGCGUUUUCUCCUUUCGGGCAGCUGCUUGAAGCAAAGGUUAUAACCGAUAGAGCCUCUGGACGAUCAAAGGGAUAUGGAUUUGUAACUUAUGCGACCAUAGAAGAUGCUGAAAAGGCGAGAGCCGGAAUGAAUGCUAAAUUUAUUGAUGGAUGGGUUAUAUUUGUUGAUCCUGCCAAACCAAGAGAGCCCAGACCUCCUCAGCAGCCACAGUCUCAGCCCUCUGGAGCUGGUUUCACGGUUAACAAGACAAUUGGAUGGUGUGGUUGAUAUUAUUCAUUAUUGACUAAAAUAAACCUUAUUCUCAUGGUGUGAGAUUUCAGAAGACCAUAUAUAAUUUAACUCCCCCAAUUAUUAUACACUAUAGUUUCUGGAGGAAUUUUUGUAUCAGACCAUUAUAAUUUGUAACUACACUUUAGCCGCAAGACAUUACUAUUCGGAAGAUUAAAUGCACCACUUCCCUUGCUAAGAGGACAUGGAAACAACAUUAAGCUGUCUUUCUGGAA